AUGAUUUUUAUAAAAGGAACAUAUGGUGUUGUUUAUAGAGGGAAAGAAAUAGCAACAGGGAAAGUCGUAGCACUAAAACAAAUUAGACUUGAUGAUGAAGUAGAAGGAAUUCCAUCAACAUCAUUAAGAGAGAUUUCUUUAUUAAAAGAAGCCAGUAGGCAUGAAAAUAUGGUGAAAUUAUUAGAUAUCGUAAGUCAAGAAAGAAAAAUGUUAUUAGUAUUUGAAUAUCUUACUAAAGAUUUGAAAAAGUAUAUCAAAGAACAUAGAUCAGUCAAAGCAGAAAUAGAUAAGCGUACAAUUAAGAAAUUUAUGUAUCAAUUAAUUAAUGGAACAUUAUAUUUACAUACAUGUCGAAUUUUUCAUCGAGAUUUAAAACCACAUAAUUUAUUAAUUAGCGCAGAUGGGAAUUUAAAGAUAGCAGAUUUUGGUUUAGCAAGAGCAACCAGUGUUCCGGUUAAGCCUUUUACACAUGAAGUGAUAACAUUGUAUUAUAGAGCGCCUGAAAUCUUACUUGGAUCAAGCUAUUAUGCAUAUCAAGUAGAUAUAUGGAGCAUUGGAUGUAUUUUUGCUGAAAUGUCUAAUUUGUUUCCAUUAUUUCCUGGUGACUCUGAGAUUGAUCAACUUUACAGAAUUUUCAGUGUUCUCGGUACUCCAAAUAAAAUUAUUUGGCCAGAAGUCAUUUGUUUUCAAGAUUAUCAAACAGAGUUUCCACAAUGGAACCCACAACCUCUUAAUAAAUAUGUUCCAAAAAUGGAUAUACAUGCUAUUGACUUGCUUCAUAUCAACCCUUACUAG